AUGGCACAAACAAGCUCUUCUAAUAUAGUAGGUGUCCAUUAUAAGGUUGGUAAAAAAAUAGGUGAAGGCUCAUUCGGAAUUAUUUUUGAAGGUAUCAACUUAUUAAAUAAUCAACAAGUUGCAAUCAAAUUUGAACCUAGAAAAUGUGAAGCCCCCCAGUUGAGAGAUGAAUACAGAUCAUAUCGUAUAUUGAAUGAUGCCAUUGGUAUACCAAAAGCAUAUUUCUUCGGCCAAGAAGGUGUUCAUAAUAUUCUUAUCAUUGACUUAUUGGGUCCUUCUUUGGAAGAUUUAUUUGAUUGGUGUGGUCGUAAGUUUUCAAUUAAAACUGUUAUCCAAGUUGCUAAACAAAUGAUUUCAAGGGUUCAAGCAAUUCAUCAGCAUGAUUUAAUUUAUAGAGAUAUCAAACCGGAUAAUUUUUUAAUUGGUAAGCCAGGAACUCCUGAAGCUAAUCAGAUUUAUGUCGUUGACUUUGGUAUGGCCAAACAAUAUAGAGAUCCAAAAUCUAAACAUCACAUACCAUAUAGAGAAAAGAAAGCUUUAAGCGGUACAGCACGUUAUAUGUCUAUUAAUACUCAUUUGGGUAGGGAACAACUGAGAAGGGAUGAUUUGGAAAGUUUAGGCCAUGUUUUCAUGUAUUUCUUGAGAGGCUCAUUACCUUGGCAAGGUUUAAAAGCACCUACAAAUAAACAAAAAUAUGAAAAAAUUGGUUUAAAGAAAAGAACAACUACAGUUAAUGAAUUAUGUUAUGGAUUCCCAAUACAAUUUGCUCAGUAUCUAGAUUAUGUCAGAACUUUAGAAUUUGAUGAUGAACCUAACUAUAGCUACUUAAUUAAUUUGAUGGAUAAAGCAUUUAUAUCAAUUGAUAAACAAGAAGAUGAUCAUUAUGAUUGGAUGGAUUUAAACGGUGGUAGAGGAUGGGAUGCAGCGUUAAAUAAAAAGGCUAACUUACAUGGAUAUGGAAAUCCUCAUCCUCCUCAAAAUAGACAGCAUCAAAGAAAACUAUCAUCAAAUUCACAAGCCAAAAAUCAACAACAAAGAAUAAUGCAGCAUCAUCAACAACAAGCCCAAAAAGCUCAACAAAAUGGGUUAAUGAAUGGGAAUCUUUCAC